AUGACCAGACGUUCUGGUCGUAAGAGUUAUCAAGAAUAUGACGAGUCACAUACAUAUGAGCCAGAGCCAGAAGAAGAGCCUCAAGAUGAUGAACUGGAAGUCACUCGUUGUGUUUGUGGUGAAGAUGAGCUUCAAGCACUGAUGAUACACCCUCAAAUGUCAACAGUGCUACAAAAUAAGUAUCAAAUCCGUAUCGAUCAAGGCUUAUUCAUUCAAUGUGACAAGUGUCUGGUGUGGCAACAUGGCUAUUGUGUUGGGUUAUUCACCAACGAUGAAGUCCCUGAUAAAUAUGUUUGUGAACAGUGUCUGCCUGACCUUCACAUCAUGGUGAUUGAUAACGGAGCUAAGGGGACUCGAUAUCAACGUACGUUAUAUAAGCCUGUCAAUGAUAAGCGCAAGAAGGUAUUAGAGGAAGUUGGAAUGAAAAUCAAAUCUAAUGGAACUGGGAUUGGGCCCGGGACUAUGUCUAGUUCUGGUUCUGGUUCUGGUUCUGGCUCUGGUUCAGGCUCAGGCUCUAAUGCUAAUUCUACUACAUCAUCCGCCGGACAGUCAGUAUCGAGUCGUAGAAAUGGUGAUGAUUCCGAUACUCAACCCUCACUGGUGUCGUCAUCUAAGCGGAAAGAAAGAAGGCAUUAUGAUGAUUAUGAUGAACAGCUUCAAAAAGCGUUACGUGAGAGUGCCAAAGAAGCAGGACUUCGUAAACGGAAACUACCUGGUACUGAAGAGGAUUCCAAGGCCACUACGACCACAACGAAUGGAAAUGAGAGUGAAGGAAGUAGCCAUUCCGACAAUGGUAAACGAGUCAAACGAGAAGAUAACGAAGAUGUAUCUAAUUUAGAAGAAGAAGGAGAAUACGAUAGUGUCGAUAGAGUAUCGUCACUUCGUAAACGAACCACCAAACCCAAAACGAAGAGAGCCAAGUCACGAGGAGGAGGAGGUAUGAAUUCCAAGUCAGAAUCAACCUCAUCAACGAACAAUAAUAACAAUAAUAACUCUAAAAACAAUGACGCAUUAACCAAAGAAGAAAUGGCUAGUCAACCUUCGAAACCUCGAUUUGUUAGUGAUAAGUCAUCGAUCUUUGAACUUCGAAAACGAACGGGAGCCAUUUUGGAAUGGUUGGGAAGAACACAAGUUGAAUUGGAAGAAGAAAAAUCAAGUAAACUUGAACUAUUCAAUUACAAGGAGAAUAAUUCGGAGCAAUUGGCUCAAGAAAAUAUAAGAGUGAUUAAAGAUUAUGAGGAUAAUUUUGGAUUAAUGGAGAAAUUAACCGAACAAAUUUUAGUGUGGGAACAAAAGUAUGGGAAAUACGCUCCAUAA